AUGUACACUCGCAUCAUCUACCUCUCUGCUCUCAUCUCCCUCGUUGCCGCUCACGGCACCAUCGUCGCCGUCAAAGGCGCCAACGGCAUCACCGGCGCCGGCAUGGGCAUCGACCCCAGCACCCCUCGCGACGGCACUCGUGCCAAGCCCUUCCAGCAAGACACUAGCGUCAUCCGCGACAAAGAGAUCGAGUCCGGAAAGGUCGGCGCUUGCGGUCGCACCACUCAGAAGGGUGCCAUCGACAUGGCUUCCGAGAUGGAAGCUGCUGCCUCGAACGGCAUUCCAUCGGCUACAGCCAGCGGCGAGAUCCAGAUGACGCUCCACCAGGUCAACCAGGACGGUGCUGGUCCCUACACCUGCGACAUCUCAGCCGACGGAGGUAACACCUUCCAGGCCGCAAAGGUCACAAAGAACGUUCCCGGCGCCUUCCUCGGUCUGUCCACCGCCACAGCCGAAGACUUCCCGCUCAACGUUCAGAUGCCUUCUGGGAUGCAAUGCGCGGGCGGACCGAACGGAGACGCAUGCGUCGUGCGAUGCCGAAACGCCACGCCUGCAGGACCGUUCGGGUCGUGCGCGGUGGUGACCAACGCCCAGCCAGCUGGAGGAGCUGGAGCGGCCAGCGCCAAGUCUACAACCGGCAAGAAACAGACACGGGCACUGGCUGGACCGGAUGCGUUUGCGGAUGAGGAUGCAAAGGAUGCGGAGCUGGAAGCGAAGCUGAUCUCUGGGAUCAACAAGCGGUUCGUUGAGAUGGAGAAGAAGCGGGUUGUGCGGUCUCGAGUUGUUGGCGGUCUUAGCGGAUACUGGAUCUAA